GCGCAUGUACUCAUAAGAACCGGCCUGGGGGAACAAAUUCGUGAGCAACCACGCCGACUACGUGAUUAUUUGAGAAGGAAAAAUAAAGGGCUGACCAACCAUGGCUGACGGUGAAGGAUACGUGGUGAGAGUGCGCGGCCUGCCGUGGUCCUGCGCCGUAGACGAGGUGUCACGGUUUUUCUCAGAUUGUAAAGUUGCAAACAAUGGGACAAGCAUCCACUUCACCUACACACGGGAGGGGCGGCCAAGCGGGGAGGCGUUUGUGGAGCUGGAGACCGAGGAAGACCUGAAGAUCGCAGUUAAGAAGGACAGAGAGACCCUGGGACAUAGAUAUGUGGAAGUCUUCAAGUCCAACAACGUGGAGAUGGACUGGGUGAUGAAGCACACAGGCCCCAACUGCCCAGAGACAGAGGGGGACGGCCUGGUUCGCCUGCGAGGCCUGCCCUUCGGCUGCAGCAAGGAGGAGAUCGUCCAGUUCUUCUCAGGGUUGGAAAUCGUGCCAAAUGGGAUAACAUUGCCGGUGGACUUCCAGGGGAGGAGUACGGGGGAGGCCUUCGUGCAGUUUUCUUCACAGGAUAUAGCUGAAAAGGCUCUAAAGAAACACAAGGAAAGAAUAGGGCACAGGUACAUAGAGAUAUUCAAGAGCAGCCGUGCAGAGGUCAGGACCAACUACGAGCCCCCCAGGAAGCCCAUGGGCAUGCAACGCCCGGGGCCCUACGACCGGCCCGGGGGCGGCGGGGGCCGCGGCUACAACGGCAUGGGGGGCCGCGGGGGCUCGUUCGAUCGUAUGCGCCGGGGCGGCUACGGAGGAGGUGAGAACGGGGGCUCUGAUCGCUAUGGCGACGGGGGCUCCAGCUUCCAGAGCACGACAGGCCACUGCGUUCACAUGAGGGGUCUGCCGUACCGUGCCACAGAGACUGACAUCUACAGCUUCUUCUCUCCUCUGAACCCGGUGCGUGUGCACAUUGAGGUGGGGCCGGACGGCAGGGUGACGGGGGAGGCAGAUGUGGAGUUUGCCACCCACGAGGACGCCGUGGCCGCCAUGUCUAAAGACAAGGCCAACAUGCAGCACCGCUACGUGGAGCUGUUCCUCAACUCGACAUCGGGAGGCAGCAACGGCGGCUACGGAGGUCAGAUGAUGGGGUCCAUGGGUAACCAGUCUUCGUACGGGGGUAGCCAGCAGAUGGGCGGGGGCUACUCUGGAGGCUACAGCAGCAGCUCCAGCAUGGGGGGCUACAACGAUUACAGUAACCAGAGCGGGAUGAGCAGCAGUUACUACGGCAACAGCAGAGGCUCUGUGGGCAUGAACGGCAGCAUGAGUAUGGGAGGGGGGUGGGGCAUGUAGGGGCAACAAAGGGGGGGCGCCACAGGGGCUAAACAACUUCUGUAAAGCAUUUUGGCUGGUGGGAGGGGGUAAGAUGUUCUGUUUGGAUAAGGUUACCAGUCUCAGUCUGUGGUUGGUCUGAGAGGAGAGGGGAGUGAUUAAGUUUCCUGACCUUUGACACUGGAGUCAGUGUGUUAUGUUGAUGUUACUUGUUUUGUUUUUGUUUGUCAAUCCAGUACAUUACAGGGAGCAGCAGGGGUUAUUUAUUAACCCCCCUCCCCCACUUCUGAACAGGUAGAAUUCAUGCACCUGAUUGACUGGAUGGGGAUUGGAGAAUAAGCCAGGGGUGCUUUUUGUAAAUAUCAUGUCAGUUUGUGAGACUCCUUCAGAGUCGGGGAACAUUUUCAGCUUCUUGUUUUCUUUUUCUUUUGCUCUGUAAGUUCUGUAUGCUUGGUAUGAAGAAGGGUUUUUAUAAUGUGAAAGAGCAUGUGAAAAAAGCAUUUUUUAAAUAAACGGAUGUUUUGGUUGACCGAC